GCAGAAUUCGAGGAGACACCACGACGACGCGGGGCAUGAUGAGCGCAGCUGGCGAUGGCGAGCAGUACGCCGGCGUGGCCGUCAAGGACCUUCCGCGCGCCGACUUGGCCUUCGCCGCCAAGUACGAGAUGGGCGACGUCGUGCCAGGCCGCUCAUCCGCCGUGCGACGCGCCACCGAGCGCAGCUCCGGCACCGUCGUCAUGGUCAAGCGCUUCGACCGGACAAAGCUCUCCAAGGCCGACAUGAAGGAGCUUCGGAAGGAAACCUCGGUCUUGCGCAAGCUCGCGGGCCACGCCAACGUCUUUGGCCUCCACGACUUCCUCUACGACACAUACGAAGUGUAUGUGGUCACUGACCUCAUCGAGGGCGACGACCUCUUUGAGCGCAUCGUCAAGAAGGAGAUUUACACGGAGAAGGAGGCGCGCGACGUGAUCCGGACGCUCCUCGAAGCCGUGGCCCACUGCCACGCGCAUGGCAUCGCGCACUGCGACCUGAGCCCGCAGAACGUGCUUUUCACGAGCAAGGCCAAGGACGCGACACUCAAGCUCACGUCGUUUGGCUUGGCGCAAGAAGAAGGCGUCGAUGGCUUCUCCGUGCCCUGCGGCCUCCCGACGUUCAUCGCACCCGAGGUCGCCAAGAGCCUCAUCUCGUACGAGAACGCGGUAUACACGAAAGCCAUUGACGUCUGGGCGAUCGGCGUCAUUGCGUACACCAUUCUCUGCGGCUACCUGCCCUUUUACAACCACACCGAGUGGAACCUCUACAAAGAGAUCAGCAAGGGCGACGUCCGCUUCAGCGACGCCGACUGGGACGCUGUCUCGCCGUCGGCGCAGGCGUUUGUUGCCCGCAUGCUCGUCGUCGACCCCCAGCAGCGCCCCACGGCCGACGCGCUGCUCCGCGACCCGUGGAUGACGACCUUGAGCGUGGCAACGACCUCGUUGGUGAACGCCAAGGCUGAGUUGCGUCAAUUUAACGCCCGGCGGAGCUUCAAAGCCGCGAUCCACACGGUCCAGGCCGCGCUGUCGCUCGCACGCAUCGCCGAAGUCGCCGACGAAGCCGACGAAGACAACCAGCACACGUGAUAACCGUAACACAACAUUUGGGGCCAAA